AUGGUUACAUUUAACUGUAAAAGCGUAAAGAGAUCUGUAGAACAAAUAAGAUCUAUAUGUCGAUUUUCUGAUAUUGUGGCUUUACAGGAAACGUGGCUUUUACCUCAUGACCUUGGUUUUAUUAACGAAAUCAGUGCAGACUUUGGAUGCUUCGCCAAGUCAUCAAUUGAUACGACAUCAGGUAUCCUGAGAGGACGCCCAUACGGUGGCUUAGCUUUAUUAUGGAGAAAAUCAAUGUUUUCCGAUGUCACAGUCAUUAACUGUACGAGUGAUAGAUUGGCGGCGGUGCAAAUUAAUAUGGGCUGUCGUCAAUUUUUGAUCUUAACUGUAUAUUUACCAACCGAUUCGGAAGAAAACCUAGUUGCGUUUACGGACUGUUUGGCCGGCAUAGAAGCAUUGAUUGAUGACAGUAGUGCGGAGGCUAUAUAUGUGAGAUGGCCAGCAAUUAGAAUUAGAGGUGUGCGGGUGAGUGCGGGCGAAGGCGGCACGCUGGGCGGGCGGGCGGCGUCCCUCAGGCCUCAGCGCGGCACUCGGCAGUUGGCGCUCGUGGGGCGCGCUCUUCUCGCGCACGCAAGCCGGCGACUAGUAUGCCGGCGCCCCGGAGCCGCUCGUCACGCGCCGCGCGCCCGCCGCCACCGCGCCGCGCCGCCCCGACACCGACCAACUCUACGCGCCCCGCUCGUAGCUCGUAACACGCGAUUACGCAUUUCACGUCUAUAUACCGGAAUG